UCAGGCAUCACUGAGGACCAGCAAAUACAAGCUCCCUGCCAUGACACACCUAACGACUCCGGGGCACCAGUAAACUUACUUCGGACGACUUUAAAAAUUUGACGUACUCUUAACUUUUUUAUUAUUCAGUGCCUUGCCUCUUUCAGCUGUCAAGCACAGGCAACAGUUAACCACAAUUCAGGGAGAGCUGACGGAAUACGAAAGCGGAAGAACUUUAGGUUAGCGUAGUUCAUUUGUAGUUAGCUAAAGUAGUUAGCUUGACAAGUCGCUGAUAUAACGUCGCACGGUAGCAGCUAGCAGGCUAGCCUGCUUGCUUUGCUGUCAUGCCUGGAGUUCCUCGAGAUUUCACUGCGUAAACGAGAAUACCUAGCAGUUAGCUGGUUAGCUCUCAGACGUCCAGAAGCAGUUUUUACUACCGCCGAAGCGUAGUCAGGGCGGGCUGGACUCGGAACAGUUGACAGGGCUGAGCUAACCCACAUCUGAGGUUUGUGCUUUAGCAAGCUGUAGGUAGUUCACACACACACAUUCACGUCCUGGACUUCCUGAUGAGAUGAAAGGGAGCUUGCCAUACUGAGUUUCUGCGAAAUGUUCGUGGAGCUGUAACACAGCCAAAGCUUUAAAAUAAGGCGUCUCGACCCCGGCCCAUAAGGAGUGUCAACCUUUCUCUUUGCCAAAAAAAAAGAAACCCCCCCGUCAAGGCUGCAGAAAUGCUGACGGACAACAGGAAGCGACAUCGUAGCUGUGACAGUGAGGAAGACCAACAGCUGAGUCCACAGGCCAAGAGGUCAGGAGGGGGUCCCAGCCUGCUUGUGUCAGAUUUGGAUUCAGAGUCUUCCAGCAGCGACAGCAGUAAUGGGAUCAGUAGUCCAGAGAGAGCAAUAGUGGUCACUACCAGGCCAUGCAUACACAGCCAGAACAACCGCAUCACCCAGUACUCCCUCAGCCCAAAGCCUGAAGACUCUGCCAGCUCCUUGCAGCAUGGUUUCCAUGGCAACGGCAGCAGUGUCUCGUACGACUACAUCAACAGAGUCCUGAGGGAGGCGCACUUCAGCAGUCUGCAGACCAGAGGGCGCCCAGGCUCAACAUGACUGUGACCUCUGAUCCCUCUCCUGACCUUUUGUCCCUGUCCCAUCAGAGCAGACAGUACUGGCACGGUGGCACCUCCUUGAAAGCCUCAAGCGGCACACUCGGGUCAGGGGGAAGGGGGAUGAUGUGUGGGGAGGUUUACAGAUUUUGGGCACAGAGGCUCAUCCCCACCUCGCCAUGUACCAUUUGUCAAGACCAUAAGCACAUCCGCCUUUCCAUGGCCCAGCCACUGUGGUUUUCUGUGCAGUAUUGAUGUGUAUGUGUGUUUGUGUGUGUGUGCACGCACCCUGUGCACUUUAUAAAGAGGUAUCGUUCUCUUUACAUGCGUGCGUUGAUGUGUGGACAUUUUCAUUGGUGCUAAUCACAAGAAAAGUGUGAUGAUGAUCCAAAGUGCUUGCAAGACUAAAUAAAGCUAAGCACUUUACUCAAUAACUCCUCAUUCUGUUUACUCUUGACAGGGGAAGUCAGUCGCACUUUUGUGUCUGUGAAGUGGGACUUGUUGUGAUCCCAUUCACAUAGUAGGUUAAUGGAGGCUAACAGACUCACGCCCAAGGAAAAUUAUUGAAGCAAUCCAGUUAAAAUUAUUUUAAGCAUUAUCUGUUUCUUCUAACCAAAGUAAUAAUUUAAAAGUAUUUUGGAGUUACUUUCACUAUCAGAAUGUCUCUGGAGCAUUUAAGUGUGGCAGGUCAGUAGGUUCAAGGAAGUGGAACAGAGCUUCUUCGUGAGCCUCACCACCAAAAUCCAACCUCAGAUUAGACCCUGGCUAAUUAUAGAGCUGAGAGCAGGCAUUGGAGUUUGUGGCUCUGGCAGCGGUAUGCUCAGCACAGUGCUUCUAACAAAAACAAGCCCUCAAGAAAAGGCUGUGAAAUAAUUUAGAACCAGGUGUUUACUUCUUUAAUAUGUAACACAUGACGUGUAUGAGUGUGUCAUAAGCCUGUCGGCCAUACUUAUUUAUGGAAGGUUUAUUAUGACCAGUACACUGUGUUGCAAAAUAGUAAUAAUGAUGAGGUGUGAUAGUGAUUCAUAUUUUAUGUAAUGUUCCAAAUCAUUUGACAUUGAAAUAAAGUGUUACU